GCAAUCGUCGGACGGUCAAGACGGUAUUCGACGGGGCUCAUCUAAUUCUUAAACGAUUAAGUUGUAAAAGUCUUUUAGUGUUUAGUUUUGCAUAUAAAGGGCCUCAAAGAAUUGAAGUGCAUUGAAAUAGUAACGUUGUGCAUAGUGUCUUAGAUCGGUGGCAAGAUAAUAAUAAGAAGCCAUGACACGAACGAUUUGUAUUACUGCAUUCUAUUUAUAUUUAACUAUCAAUACUGGAAGCUCUUUUGAUAUAAUUGGCGUAAAUCGCCAAUUCCUCUAUGAAUAUAUCGGAAGCGUAUCAGUUGGCGCCAAAGCCCCACAGGAUGGCGAUAACCCGCCACCAUCAUCGGGUUGGAUUGUAAGAGGGAAGCUGACGUUCCAGAGGCAAAGUGAAAAGGUUCUGGCAGCCGCGCUGGUUAUAGAUGAAAUCACCCUUAACAAUUCUGGCGACAAGUUCCACCAAAAUAAAGAAAUGUAUGCGCCCUAUAAACCAUUCAAAGUCGUAAUGGCUAAAAAUGGUGCCAUUUCCCAUUUAAUGUUCAAAGAAAGUGACCCAAUUUGGUCUACGAACUUUAAACGAGCAGUAGCCGCGACUUUGCAGUUUCAAGAAACUUCACCAGGAGCAUAUGUCUUAGAAGAAAAAGGAGUCCACGGAAACUGCAAAACGGAAUAUUACAUUUCGAAUAGGACGAAUUAUCUCUCCAUAAGGAAAACUCCUGAACUCAAGACGUGUAUGCCUUACGCUGAAGCCAUACAUUUCACCAGGUGCAAUGUUCCUCCGAACUUGUGCGAAUUCGAUUUCCAAAAAAACGUUAUUGUUGGAAACGAAGCUGUGUACGGAUUACUUCCUCAUGCCGAGACAGGAUAUUUUCUAAGCAUGGCUCAUGUUAAAGGAACAGCCUUGGUGCACACAUUCGAAUCUACCGGGGAAGCUCAAUAUAUCAAUUCAGAAUUAUUGCUAAACUUCCUGAAUGAAACUGCAAUUGAUAAUCCGAUAGACAUCGAAACUGGAAUGGCAGAAACAGAGAGUAGUCUCGAAUUUCACCCAUUAGAUUUGAAUGAUCCAACCGGAGGGCGUCAUCCCCAGCAGCAAGAUGAACGGAUUUCGGAAGCCUUGCAGUUAUUUAACUCUCUUACAGAAGGACUUGAAAGUUCAGACCUAAAAUUCAAUGAACCAUUCGAUAGAACUGUUUCAGAUAUCAUCAACGUUAUGUCUCGCAUGAGUUUAGAUUCUCUGAAAAAAGUCUUCCUUGAAGUUGACAUCGGUACAUCUUAUCGGCAGGAAACUAUCCGAAAUAUAUUUUUCGAAAUCAUACCGAGAAUCGGAACAAAGGCGUCAGUUUUACUCACUAAAGAUUUAGUAUUGGAUAAAUCGGUAAAACCCACUACAGCAGUACAAUUGCUCAUGUCCUUGCCGUUUCAUAUUUUCGAAUUAUCCUCUGACUUGGUGAAGGAAUGUGAACCAUUGUUAACUUUAGGUCCGGAUAGCCCCGACGUUCGACAAGCUGCCGUAUUAAGCUUCGCAACUUUAGUUCAUAAUGUGUUUGCUGCCGGGCACAUAUCUAAGGAUGACUUCGAGAUAUACGUCCAGAAAUAUUUCAACUUUUAUUUGAGCGGACAUGACCACGAACAAAAGAUGCUAUACUUGCAAGCACUAAGUAAUCUUCAACUAGGCAACGUAGCGAAUUACUUGGAUCCAAUCAUACGUGAUGAAAGUGAAAAUGACGAUAUUAAAUUCUUAGCAGCGUGGACCACCAUGACACUAUCACACACUCGUCCCGAAAAGAUAUUCGAAAUUUAUUGGCCAAUUCUCGAAUCAAGAAAUUCAUCAUUGCAAAUGCGAGUUGCCGCAAUGACUUUAUUGCUUAUUUCAAGCCCAACACCAGCAAGACUCAUCAGUCUUCACAGAUUAAUACAGGACGAGACUUCACCCCAUCUCAUCAACUAUUAUCGGACUACGAUUAAGAGCAUUUCCGAGACAACUUAUCCAUGCUAUCAACAUCUACGCCGAAUGUUGUCCUAUAUGUAUCGACACCUGCCUCCCGCACCACCUUCCAAAUAUUGGGUUACCGGGAAUUACAUUUUCGAUUAUCGCGACUCCAAAUUCGGCAUCGGAGCAAUGCUGCAGGCAUUUUUGAUCGGGGAUCCUAAAUCUGAUCAACCUGUUGUCGCAUAUUUCAAGUUCGAUACUGAAACUUUGGGGCGAUUUACCGGACAACUGGGGCUUUACCUCAAAAUUAGAGGCGUUUCCGAUCAGCUAUUCAAGCAAUUUUUCAACCCUACACCAAUGGAUAUGAACUCCCAAACACUAGGAAAAAUACUGGAAUCAAUGAAAGCCCCUCUUCUUGAAAACACCCCAAUGCAUGUUGAAUUGAUUCUUCAAAUGGAAGGCAAAACUGUUCUGUCCUAUCACAUAAAUGAAAAGAUGUUCCGGAAUUUAACUUAUAGCGACAUGGUAAAGCACAUCGGUUUCUUAAUUCGAGCCGACAGUCAUAUAAACAUGCAAACCGUACGAUGGCCAUUCAUGACUAAAUUUGCAGUCCCCACCGUGCUCGGCACUUCAGCAGAUGUUCUACUUCAGACAACGGUUUUAACCUCCCUUAGGGGAAACAUCACGCAACAUAUGGCGCCCAAUGUCAUAACUAGGUCAAAUGAAAUCGACGUAAGGUAUUCGUCAUAUGCCCUAUGCUCGAGUAGGAGUUACAAUCCAUUCCUCAACUUGGAACAUGAAAUAAGCCGAGAGCAGGGUUUGCUCGUUUAUAUUCCAGUGAACAAUGACAUCAUUUUUAACGUAACAAGUAAAUCACUUAAAUUUGCUUUCUCGAGACCUGAGAACCUGACGAGUGGAUUAUCGUUCAAAUCGAGAUCAGUCACUUCGACGAAAGGACAUAUAACACGGUCAUCUGCGGAGUCUUAUAAUGAAAUUAUUUCCCCCGAAAAGAAAAUUGAAGUGUUCGAACUAUUUAAAUACCACGUUCCGGAUAUUGGCUUAUCAGCAACCGUUAAUACUAACUUCCACGAGCUCAACAGCUACCGUGCUAUGCUUUUCAAAUCAGAAUUUAUGGAGAAUGGAUUCUCGUCGAACAUGAUAGUGAACACAAUUAUGUACAUAUUCGGGAUCGCCCAGCUGAGUUCAAUACACAUUGGAAAUGAUCGAAAUUUUACCUUCCUCGUUCAUAACGUAGACUUCACGAAGAUUGAAGGAUCGGUCAGCGUACAAUCUAUCGAAGGACCUGGUGACAAGACUGGACACAAGGUAAACUUCACCUUCAUCCACAAGAACGGGAUACCUGACCAAAUAUUACACAAAUGGAAUGUCAUUUUAAACAUGUUUACCUCAUCGAAAACCAACUGGUACAAGUUAACUGGGGUCGUCAGACGAACAGAAAAUGGUGAACAUGAUUGGAAGGCAUGCUUGGAUUUAACUUAUACCCCAAUUGUGUUUAUGAUAAAGCCCCACACACUUGAGGGUUUUCUGGUCUUUGGAAAAAGUUUAGGUGAAAAGGGAUGUCCGCAAAAUGCAUCCAAAUUGGAAAUUUUGUCUAGUAUUGGGCCAACAAACGGAUCAAAUUUCUUCACCGCAAAGGAUGAUGCGGUCACCAACCAAUUAUGUCCACGUGAUGUUCUCAAACUUUCGCCUCCACCAUCAACAAAAUAUUGUAAUAGGAACAACUACGAAGAUCUCACCACCAUAAAGGAUUUCAAUGCUGCAGUUAAAUUUAAUAAUAUGCCAGAUUGGUUCAACCUGUGGGUCACCAGACUGGAGCACUUUAUUUUAGCAUUCUCUAGUGAGAGAGUCGAGAGUUUAAAUCUUGAGAAGGAAAUCCAAAUCGCGGUACAAAGACCGUCCAACGAUCACUCAUUCGAUAUUGCUAUAAACGGGAUCAAAUGGAAACUGAAUCAUAUUCCAUUUAUCCCUAGAAUUGAUGCGAAAUAUGAUACAACCGAACAAAUACUGUAUGAUAUCGGGUUGAGGAGGUCCUGCUCCCUUAUAGGAAAUGUUGUUAAUACGUUCGAUGACUCCAUCAUCUACACCGAUACAUAUCUUUCCACGAACGCAUCAUGUUCCACUUUGCUGGUAGGCGACUGCUCUGUGACCCCCCGGAUGGGUAUUUUCAUUAUGGCCGAUAAUUCAGACAACCUCGUCCGGUACAUAUUAAAAGUAUUUAUCGGCAAGCAUUACUUCACUUUCGACCCCAAAGUUAAGGAUAAUGGAGAGUUUAUGAUAUUACUAAACGGAACGGACAAAAUCAAUGUACAGAGCAAGGGCUACCAGUUUCCAGCGGUGGAAAAAUUUUAUGAUUUCAGGGUUGAAAUCAACGAACAAAACGUUUUGGUAAUACGUAAUGAACUUAUGCGCACUUCUAUACAGUUCGAUAUGAUGAAUAUUAUUAACGUGGAAAUAUUUGAAAGUUUCAAAGAUAAAAUGUGCGGCAUCUGUAGUUUGCCUUUGAACCCUUUGCUAAAUUAUAGUUAUUGCUCGCUUCUCUAAUUACAGACAUACGCUUUAAUAAUUUUAAGAUGUUAUCCAAAAAUUGAAUAAAUGAAGCAGUUAUUUUUAUUCAAACCAUUA